AUGGUAAUUUUGAAAAGUCGCAUUCACCCCUCACCUAGGCAUAUAAAAGUUGACCCGUCAAACUUUUUCAUCGGGAUAUGGAGAUUCCUCCAUGAAGAAGAUGAAAAUAUGGCUGAAAUUCAGUUAAGUCCAUAUGGAGGUGCACUUAAUAGUUUUUCGGAAUCGGAAACUCCGUUCCCACAUCGAACAGGUAACAUUUUCAUGAUCGAUUAUGGGUUGAGUUGGGAUUCCCCCGGAAAAGAAGAAGCGGAAAAGCAUUUAAACUGGAUGAGGAGAAUUUACGGUUACAUGGCCGCUUAUGUGUCGAAAUCUCCUAGAGGGGCUUAUUUCAAUUACAGGGAUCUUGAUUUAGGGGUCAAUAACUACUCAUCGGGAAAUAUUAUUGGAAGCUACGACGAGGCUAAGGUUUGGGGGAUGAAAUAUUUCAAGAACAAUUUCGAACGAUUAGUUCGUGUCAAGACUAAAGUCGAUCCGUCAAACUUUUUCAGAAACGAGCAAAGCAUUCCACCUUUUCCUCUGCAGCCUAUGUACUCGUCUUGA